UUUCUGCGCGCCCUCUGCCAGACACGCAGCUCAGCUCAGCGCGCGCUCAUACACGCGCACACGCACACGCACAGCAACACACACUUCCGCGCAGUGCCACAGCGGGAAGUGUGUCCAAGCGAGCACUCUGUGGUGGGGUGUGUGUGUGUGUGUGUUGAGGAAUAAAGCACCACGACGCUGCUUCCUCCCGCGCGUGCGUUUAUUCGUCCACACUCUCUCUCUCUCUCUCUCUCUCUCUCUCUCUCACACACACUCACACACAUGCACAGUCCAAAUAAGUGAUGAGAUUGAGAGAAACAGAUGCCGCCGCACUUUUCCUGCACGUUCAGGUGGAAGCAGAGCUGAGAGCGCGCGCCGUGUUUUCCUGCGGUUCUCCGACUGUGACUCACGGUGCUCCUCUUAACCGCGCGUGCUGAAGGUGCAGCGAUGAUUCCGGCUCCCAACGCCAACUGCAUGCAAGAUUUCUUGCAGACCUGAGGUUACCCAUCCUCCUCUUUCUCCUGCCCAUCCAAGAUGGCUUGCCAUGAGUGCCACUCCAAACUGCCAGCCUGACUCUGCCCUGACUCUGUGAUCUCCCUGAGAAUUUUCCCCUGUGCACUGCUACAACGCCGCCAAUUACCAUUCCCAUCUGUUGGCUGCCCUUCUCCCUGCUGCUCUCCCUGUCCAUGGCUGCCUUGUUGGGAUCUGUGUUCCUCUUGGUCCUACAGACAUAUGCUGCCCCUCCAGAUUUUAUCCAGAUGUGGCCAAGUGUGCCAACCUCAGGCCCUGGAUAUCUGGCUAAUGAGACAGUCACACCCUCUCUAGUGCCCCCACCUGGCACUAGCAAGCACCUCCCUCACAGCAUCAUUAUCGGUGUCCGUAAAGGUGGCACACGUGCUCUUCUGGAGAUGCUGGACAUUCACCCUGAAGUAGCAGCAGCAGCUACUGAAGUUCACUUCUUUGACUGGGAUGAAAACUACGGCAAGGGCCUGGAGUGGUACCGUGACCUUAUGCCAUAUUCAUACCCUCACCAGAUCACCAUUGAAAAGACACCAGGCUACUUCACCUCACCCUCAGCUCCAGCCCGUAUCCGUGCCAUGAGCUCCUCCAUCAAGCUCCUGCUCAUCUUGAGAGACCCAGUUGAAAGAGUCAUCUCUGAUUACACUCAGGUGUACUUCAACCGGCUGGAGAAUCACAAGCCUGUGCAUGCCAUAGAGGACAUGUUGCUCAGGAACGGGGCUCUUAACACACGGUACAAGGCCAUUCAGCGUAGUCUCUAUGAUGUGUAUAUGAGAAACUGGCUCCUGCACUUCCCGCUGGACCAGAUCCACAUUGUGGAUGGGGACACGCUGAUUCAUAACCCCUUGUUAGAGCUACAGAAGGUGGAGCAUUUCCUGGAGCUGCCGCCACGGAUAGUGGCCUCCAACUUUUACUUCAACCAGACCAAGGGCUUCUACUGUAUCCGCAGCGAUGGACGAGAAAGGUGCCUGCACGAAUCCAAAGGGCGACCUCACCCUCCUGUGAACAGCACCGUUCUGGAGCAGCUUCGAUCCUACUUCCGCCAGCACAACCACAAUUUCUACCAGCUGGUCGGGCGCACUUUUAACUGGGGCUAGUGCAAGGGGAAUAGCUGAGCCUCUCCCAGGUUCCUUGCCAGUAGAAAAAAAGUUCCUUGCCAACUAAUAAAGUUAUUGGCUGAUUAUCAGUAAUAUGUUGAGCAAGGGUGCAGAUGGAUGCCUUUGAAGUCAUAUAGUGACUGGAGAAUAACUUUGCAAUGAGAAAAUUGUAAUCGUUAAUAAAAUACUUCAACUAAAGAUUUAUAAAAUGAAUAUAUACAGUGGAAGCACCCCAGAGCUUUGAUCCUCUAUACUAUAAACAAGUAACUAAAGGAAGACUGAAGCAAGCAUUUUUGUGAACUCAUUGGGGCUUUUCUUUUUCUUCAUUUAAUAUUCUUGUACUUGAUAAUAAAUGGUUUUGUUUCCAAAAUUGGAA